GUGUGGCUGAAAUAGCCAAAUACAGUAAUUUGAAGAGGUGUCCACAUACUUUUGUAUAUAUAGUGUAUUUGGACUCAAAUGUCACUGAUACGUACUUAACAUGUUUGCAUGUGAAACUACUUCUCUGGUUGGUGGGCUGCAUACAGUGCCAUGCAGAUCAGGUCCCAUCUAUGACUAAGUCGCUUUGGAUAAAAGCGUCUGCUAAAUGGCAUAUUAUUAUUAUGACUCCUGUAUUCUGCCUAUGUUAUUUGUUGAUGUGUUUGGCAUCUUUAACAAUAUCUAAGGGGGAUGAGAAAUGGUCUACUGCCAUUCAUGACACAGCAGUGACAUCUUGUGGAUAAAUUAAAUACAAGAUUUUGUUUAGUACACAUUUUCUCUCAGAAGGUGGUUUAUAAAAUGGCAUCUUUACAGACAAUUCCACAUACAAAUAAACAUUUUCCAGAAUAUCUACUUGAAGGUUAAAAAGUAAAUAUAUAAAUAUGAAACUGUCUGUUGCCAGGGCAUUUCGAGUCAUGGUGUCCACUAAAAAUAGUUUCACCUUGCAACAUGGCAUAGUCUGGCAGUCCUAACAGUGCCUGGUCAAAUAUCCCUGUCCAGUGUCAACUCCACACUGCUGGUUGUGGGAGGAACUCAACCCCUUUCCCCCUGCUCCUACUUCUCUCCUUGUGCCUGUAUCUAUCUCCCAGGAAAAUGAAAUAUGCAAAUAACAGAGAUAUGAAGCACCCUCUAGUAAGGAUGAGAAAUGUUCAUUCCCAGUCCUCUCUGGGGAGUGACACCGACUCACAGCCUGUCCUGAAAGAAGAGGAGGAAGAGGACGUAACGAUAGAGGAGGAAGAGGAGCAGAAAGGUGACGUAUUGACAGACUCCGAGCUGGAUCCAGAGUUGCCUGAGGAGUAUUACCAUGGCCUGGAGGACCUGAGGUGGAACCUGAGCUCUCUAGAGAAAGCUGUAUAUCUCGCCCUGCCACCGUGGGUCCAGGGAGCAUUGCUGUGUAACCUCAUGGCUAAAUGUGGCGUAAACAACUCAUUCUUCCCAGCCCGUCUGCUGUCUUACCUGCUGCUGCCCUACACACUGCCAGCCUCCAUCUUCCUCCAUGUCAACUACAGGGUGCUGUGUUGGCUCCGCCAAGUCCCAGGGAAGUGGCUGUGGCAGGGUGUCGAAAUGGCCAUGCUGUUUCUUCUAAAGCUCUCUGACCCCAGGAAGAACCUCGUGCACAGGUUGUGGCCCUCUGGUCCUGUGAGAUUUUGGCCCGGUGGUCCUGCCAGGUUAUGGCCCUGCAAUCCUAUCAGGUUGUGGCCCUGCAAUCCUAUCAGGUUGUGGCCCUGCAAUCCUAUCAGGUUGUGGCCCUGCAAUCUUAUCAGGUUGUGGCCCCUACGCUUUCUGGCGUCUGCCAAAGAAACACAUACACAGUCUAAGAGUGCAGAGGAUCCUCCUCCACAGCAGCGCCGUCGCUCCGUCCUGCGGUUCCAGCUCUCCACCACCAGCACCCAUUACACAACCGAGACCCCCAACACCCCAACCGAGAGCCACCCUGACCCCCUGGGCUUCUCCCUCCUCUUCAACCUGGAACUAGCGAUGGACAACCAGCCCAAUCAGCCCAACAACCAGUCUCUACUCCAUCACAGCGAGAGGCUGCUGCCACUGGAGUAUGGCCCCUGCAUAAAUGAAGAGGAGACCCUGGCCUCCCCACACAUCUCCUACAUAGGGGUGGAGGAAGAGGAGGAGAGGAUGUCACAGGGAGGGGAUGAGGUGGAGGAAGGGUUAGCUCUCCUCCACAGCCUUCCUAUGGAGUGUGCCAAUACUGGCUAAUGUUGGCUGACUUUAGGGUCAGGAGUUUUUCCUGAUCAGGUCACAUGGUUAGGGAUGUGAUUUUCUCAGCAGAUGAAUAGCAGACCUAAGCAUGCCUGUAUCCAAUUCAAAACUAGUUUGUACUUUGAAGUAUACUGUAUGUUGAACCAGAUUAGUGAAGUCAACUCUCAUGUGCCGCAUGAGGCAAUAAGCACAAAAGCCCUCUUUCUGCUACGCUCUUCCAUUCUCACUCCAGGAUGCACAGUGACGGGAAGGAAUGAUGAUCAGGGUACAGUCCCUCUUAGUCACAUCACAUAGUCAAAACAACUCCCUCAUCAUAUCCCUUAUCAGCUGACUUCCAGGUAAAGUAGUAGGUAUUACUUAUAUUGUAUUAGAUUUAUGAUGUAUUUUAUGACAUUGUAUAUGCAUGGCUCCCUUGUAAAAGAGACACUGGUCUCAAUGGUGACUCCCUGAUUAAAUAAAGGUCAAUAAAAAAAAAAACACUGUAGCAGUCAGACUUAAGACAUGUAAUGACUGUGGCCAAAGUUCCACAGUAUUACACCUGAACUAGUUUAAUCAGAUUACUUUCAGGUAUUUGAUCGUUGGUAUUGUUCAUCAAGUGAGUGCCAGUCCUAUGAGUGGGGGGCUACCCGGCAGAGAUGCAAAUCACAUCUUGAACGGCAAACUCCAUUCGCCCACUGGCGGUAGGAAUUUAUAGCCUUGGGUAUAAGAAAGGAGUGAAAUAGCAAGCAGGAGGACAUAUUUUGCUAUAUGGUUACUAUCAGUGUUUGAUAGGAUCCUAAUCAACACCAUUAUUUUGUUAGAUGAAUACUAAUAGCUUUAGAUUGAGACAAUGUUAAAGCCUUUUUCACCUUGACCAACUGUUUUGCUGAGGUUAAGUGGAACUUGGUUCAUUUAAUAAAAGUACG